AUGAAGGUCGUAGUGGUAUCCAGGGAAUUCGUGAAACCAUAUAGUCCCACAACAAACCACCUCAAAAUCCAUAAGCUGUCUCUUCUUGAUCAGUUCGUCCCUACUCUUUACGUUCCCUUGGUCCUUUUCUACACCAUCGAAGAAGCUGAUCGAGCCGCCACAACACCCUCACGCAUGAUACAACUUCUGAAGCAAUCUCUGUCCGAAACUCUACCGCCGUUCUAUCCCCUGGCGGGGAAGAUCAACGGUGACGGCCUCUCCAUCGAGUGUGAUGACGAGGGCGUUCUCCUUGUCGAGGCCAGGGCCGAGUUUGCCCUAUCGCGGCUACUCCACCGACCAGACUUCGAAACGGUCAGGAAAUUCCUGCCUUGCGCCGCUGCAUGGAGGAGAGUAGAAGUGGGAGAUCGUGUGGCGAUGAUUCAAGCGACGGCCUUCCCCUGUGGCGGAGUUGUGGUUGGCGUGCUCAUUUCGCACGCCGCAGCCGAUGGGGCCUCUUUCGCCACUUUCCUCAAAGGUUGGGCAGCCGCGGCCCGCAAAACCGGCGAAGCACCGCGUCCCAGCUUUGAUGCUUCCACUUUGUUCAUCCAAAACAAAGCAUUCUCCGAGGAGGAUACCUUCUUUGGUGUGUGUCCUGUCAACAGAGGCAGGUACAGAAAUGACAAAAUUCUGAUAUGGUAA